GGUGGAAGAAGCUCUCCGACGAGGAGAAGGCGCCCUGGCUGGCCAAGGCCGAAGAGGAUAAGAAGCGGUACGAGAGCGAGAUGGCGGACUACGAGCCGCCGCCGCCGCCGCCUUCGGACCCGGCGCCGCCGGGCGCCCUCGGCGCCGCCGCUGCCGCUGUCGCGGACGGCCAAGAGGGGGCGCCGGGCGAGGAGGAGGAGGGGGGGAAGAAGAAGAAGGCCAAGGCUGCAAAGCCUGACGCGCCUCCGCCAAACACGUUCGAGAUUACGAUCCCGGACAACGUGCACCCGGGGCAAAAGGUUCGCGUCAAGCUCGGCGAGACGUGCCUGCACGUCACCGUCCCCGAAAACUUGCCAGAGCACCGCAAGAUCCGGGUCGUAAUGCCGGACCAACCGGCGGCGCCGCCCGCACAGCCGGCGCCGCCCGCCGAGGCCGCCGCGCCGCCCGUUGCGCCGCCAGCCGCGCCGCCCGCCGCGCCCGCCGCGCCGCCGGUUGCCGCGCCGUAUCAUCAGAUGGUGAUGCAUCAGCAGCAGCAGCAGCAGCAGGCGAUGCUCCAGCAGCAGCAGGCGAUGCUCCAGCAGCAGCAGCUGAUCCAGCAGCAGCAGGCGAUCCAGCAGCAGCAGGCUAUGGGCAUGCCUGGCGAGGCGCCGCCACCGCUGCUCGGGCCCGGCGCGGCCGCCAUGCAGUUCGGUCUAUAGGGCUCGCAGCCAGCGCUCGAGGCACGGGCGAGCUGCAGCUCCUAGCCGGUUGCUCCGCAAGCUCCUCCGGCUGGGUGUUGGGGCGCCGGCUGGGGCGCUUGCGCAUUCGAGGCCCCGGGCCUAGCCUCGCAUACUUAGGGUCGCCAGCGACACUCGAGGCUCCGUCUCGGCAACCACCACGAACCGGACGAGAGCGUGAAGGACGAGACGAACCAGUCUUUCCGCACCGCGGAAAGGGGGGCCUGCGAGGGUGCGUCACAUAUGCGAAUUGCGAUGGUGUCCGGCUCGUCAAGACGUACACGCACAGGGAGUAAGCGAGAGAACAUCGCAACAUGUUCUCUAGACGCACGCGUUCUUUUUGUCUCAUACAUUUUUAC